CACGAUUUAGGUUCUAGUGAAACAAUAUUCAUUCAUUAUUCAUUGUAUUUGGCUAUUGAACAAUGACCUUGCUUGUGUGUACAAGACAGUCAUGUGAUAUUUUGUUGGUUAGACACACAUAAUAAGUAUAUAUAAGCAGAUAGAUUAGAUAAACGUGAGUAUUGUGUUUAUUGACGAAAGUAUCAGGUUGAUCCUCUCACAUGGCUAAAAUUGGUCACGGUAUUCAAAUCGCACUUUCAUGGGUUCCAGCAAGUGAUGGACAUGUCCCACAUAAUGCCAUCAAGGUUGACGAUCAUGUCUAUAUAGCUCGCUGUAAACAUGAAAAUUACUGGAUCCCUGGGAAAGUUGUUCCAGGACAUAAUUCAGCUUACUAUGGAAACGGUAAAGCUGAAAUAAGCUGCAAACAAUAUGAAGUCUUGUGUGACAGUAGUUUCUCAGAUACAAAAAAGUGUUAUGAGUGGGAACCAGACAGUGAUGGAAAAGUGCCCAAAAAUGCUAUAGUUGCGGGAAUGGCGGGUGAUACACCAAUAUAUAUUGCUAAAGCUUCCGUCAACGGAGAAGUGUGUAUUGGUAAAGUUCACGACGGCCAUAAAUGUGCCCAUCUACCUUGGGGACGUGAAGAACACGAAGUGCAUGAAUAUGAAGUAUUGGUUUUCAAAAAAAAAUGAACUGAAUACUUAAGACUGAGAAAUUCAAAUAGUUUCCUUAUCUAUUAUUGUUAAUAAGAAAGAGACUGAACAGCUUUUUGAAGUACCCAAUAAGCUGAUUAUUUUUUCUCUCAAUAAAUAUUUCAAAAAAUUA